AUGAAAUACGUUCUAGUUUCGGGAGGUGUCAUCUCCGGUGUUGGCAAGGGCAUCAUCGCCUCCAGCACUGGUCUUCUCCUCAAGUCCAUUGGUCUCACAGUUACGAGCAUCAAAAUCGAUCCAUACAUCAAUAUCGAUGCUGGAACCAUGUCUCCCAUCGAACAUGGUGAGGUCUACGUAACAGAUGAAAUGGAUCUUGAUCUUGGAAACUACGAAAGAUACCUCCUCACCACACUCACCAGAGACCACAACAUCACGACCGGAAAGAUUUACCAACAUGUCAUUGAGCGUGAACGUAUUGGAAAGUAUCUAGGAAAGACGGUCCAAGUUGUUCCUCAUAUCACCAACGCCAUUCAAGAUUGGAUUGAGAGGGUUGCCAAAAUUCCAGUUGACGAGUCUGGCCGUGAGCCCGACGUUUGUAUCAUUGAGUUGGGUGGUACUGUUGGAGAUAUCGAGAGUGCUCCGUUUAUUCACGCCGUCAGUCAGCUUCAAAGACGUGCUGGCAAGUCGAAUUAUGCACAGAUCCACGUAUCAUACGUUCCAGUUAUACCGCCGGGACCUGGUGGUGAGCAAAAGACCAAGCCCACCCAGAGGGCUGUAGGCGACGUCCGAAGCGCUGGCCUCAACCCAGACCUGAUUGCCUGUCGCUGCGAGCAGCCGCUUUCCGAGAUCACCAUCGAGAAGAUCGCCAACAUGUGCCAGAUGGAGCGAAAGCAGGUCAUUGCUGUGCACAACGUAUCGACAACAUACCACGUCCCGCUACUCCUCGAGAAGCAGAAGCUCGUGAACACUCUCAUCGACCUCCUCGAUCUUGGGGCUGUGCACAAACCGACCGAAACAGUUGCCAGGGGCGCCGAGAUGUGGAAAACCUGGAUUGAAUUGACUCGCGGCCAGGACAAUAUGCACGACACGGUGUCGAUUGCUCUUGUUGGCAAAUACACAUCGCUUCACGACGCUUAUACGAGUCUUUCGAAGUCCUUCGAGCAUUCUGCCAUGUACUGCCGCAAGAAGCUUAAGGUGAUCUGGGUUGAUUCAGGACAUCUCGAGGACGAAACUUUGGAGGUCUCUCCUGCACAGUUCCAUAAGGCUUGGCACGACGUCUGCACUGCUGACGGUGUAUGCGUCCCUGGCGGGUUUGGUGUCCGAUCUACCGUGGGCAUGAUGAAGGCAAUUACAUGGGCGCGUACCAAGAAAAUUCCCUUUUUGGGCAUCUGUCUCGGCAUGCAGCUUGCCGUUCUUGAAUAUGCUCGCAAUGUCACAGGAAUCGAGGAUGCAGGAAGUGAAGAACUGCACCCAGAGGCUAAGAACCACGCCAUCGUUUACAUGCCAGAUGUCGACAAGUCGAAGCUGGGUGGAACAAUGCGUCUAGGAAAGCACCCCUGUAUCUUCCAGGAGGGUACUGAGUGGUCCAAACUGCGGGCUCUGUACGGAUCUGCACCCCAGAUUCUGGAGCGCCACCGACACCGAUAUGAGGUCAACCCAGCCAUGGUUGAACAGAUCGAGUCGUCUGGGCUCUCUUUUGUGGGCAAAGACACCAAGGGUGAGCGUAUGGAGAUCAUCGAGAUCAAGGACCACCCCUGGUUUGUCGGAGUUCAGUUCCAUCCAGAAUACUUGAGCCGAGUUCUGUCGUGCAGCCGGACGGUCCUGGGAUUCUUCGCUGCCUCUGCAGGCUGCCUUGAUGAGGUUACGGAAAAAAUAAGCAAAGAGGAAUAG